AAGGGAAUUCCAUGCUUUCCCGAAUUGCCAAAUCAGCUGUCAGUGACUCAGACUUUCCUUUGUGUGAUCAGCCGAAUCCUUUAUAGAUCGUCACGUCCUAGUCAAAAUUUUCACUUGUGCCAUUAUUAUAUAGUAUCUCAAUUCUCAAUCAAGUAGUAGUUCUCAUUUUUGUCUUCGUUUCUGUUUUAACUAUUAUUAUCUUGAUCUACUACUACUUUUUGCUUUCUGGGUGUUGGCCAUGAAUGCUCUUGCAGCCACCAACCGUAACUUUCGCCAGGCCGCUCGCAUCCUUGGAUUGGACUCCAAACUUGAGAAGAGUCUUUUAAUCCCUUUCAGAGAAAUUAAGGUGGAAUGCACAAUUCCCAAGGAUGAUGGAACAUUAGUGUCCUAUGUUGGAUUCAGAGUGCAACAUGAUAAUGCUCGGGGUCCUAUGAAAGGGGGAAUCAGAUACCAUCCUGAGGUUGACCUUGACGAAGUAAAUGCCCUUGCUCAACUAAUGACUUGGAAGACUGCUGUAGUAGAUAUUCCAUAUGGCGGAGCUAAAGGUGGAAUUGGCUGCAAACCAAAAGAUCUAAGCAAGAGUGAGUUGGAGCGUCUUACACGUGUUUUCACGCAGAAAAUUCAUGAUCUUAUUGGAAUUAAUACGGAUGUCCCUGCACCUGAUAUGGGCACUAAUGCCCAGACUAUGGCCUGGAUUUUGGAUGAGUAUUCAAAGUUUCAUGGUCACUCACCUGCAAUUGUGACUGGAAAACCGAUUGAUCUUGGCGGUUCAUUGGGUAGGGAAGCUGCAACUGGGCGUGGUGUCGUUUAUGCUACAGAAGCUUUACUUGCUGAAUAUGGAAAGAAUAUUAAGGAUUUGACUUUUGCAAUUCAGGGUUUUGGAAACGUGGGAGCAUGGGCAGCAAAGCUUAUUCAUGAGAGAGGUGGCAAGGUAAUUGCAGUGAGUGAUAUAACUGGAGCAGUCAAGAAUCCCGAUGGACUUGAUAUACCCGCUUUGCUUAAUCACAAAGAAGCAACAGGGAAGCUGAUCGACUUUAGUGGUGGGGAUGUGAUGAAUUCAGAUGAAGUGCUUACACAUGAAUGUGAUGUUCUCAUACCUUGUGCUUUGGGAGGAGUUUUGAACAGAGAAAAUGCUGAUAAUGUCAAGGCUAAGUUCAUCAUAGAAGCGGCAAAUCAUCCUACUGAUCCAGAAGCUGAUGAGAUUUUGUCCAAAAAGGGAAUUGUAAUACUUCCCGACAUAUAUGCCAAUGCUGGAGGUGUGACAGUCAGUUAUUUUGAGUGGGUUCAGAAUAUUCAAGGUUUUAUGUGGGAUGAGGAGAAGGUUAACAGGGAGCUUAAGAAAUACAUGACAAAAGCCUUCCAUAAGCUGAAAAGCAUGUGUCAGUCGCACGAUUGCAAUCUUCGGAUGGGUGCUUUCACACUGGGCGUGAAUCGUGUUGCACGUGCCACAACAUUAAGAGGUUGGGAGGCGUAAUUAUAUUCGCCUCUUUUGUGGCACAACAUACUCCCUUUUUACAGAUAAAAAUUUAUGGUCUUUCUCUGCUGCAUAAACUGAGCCAUUUUAAACAUGUGAGACAUUCAUCAAUAAAUAAAACAGCUUUGCUUCAUCAA